GCCAAAACACACAGAUUGCGCGGGAAAACGAACGUCCCAAGAAUCAAUAAUUUCAAGUGUUUUGUCAAGUUGAAAAAUGAGUAAAAGCGAGCCAGUGGACGUGUGAAUUAGUGACGGUUGUGAAAACUUUUGUUAGUGAGAUAGAAACAAUCCUGAUGGGUGACCACAAUGGUGAGGCCGGUCAGCUCCAGGCGCAAGCUCUUCUGUGCUAGCAAAGAACAGAAGGAGAAUGAACCAGCAGCUGAAGGUGAAUUAAGAGGUAAAAGCUUCACUGAAACCCAAGGCUUAACUGACCCCUCCAACAGCAUCAAUAUUGGUCUCCAUAAAAAAAUAACCAAGAGUAGCAGUAGUGUUGGAGGGUGCAACAGUGUGGGAGUUGGUAAAACAAUGGUGGGCUGGGCUGAAGAUGUAUCCACUACUCAUCGUACUCCCAGCCGGCCAGUCAUGCCCAUGUCUGAGAGGCAACAGAUUGCACUUCUUAUGCAAAUGUCCUCACCAUCUCCUCCAGACAAGGCAGAGCUGAGCCAUUCCAGCAGUCCUCGUACCCCAAACACUCCAAACUUCGGUCGAGGAGUAAACAAACGGAACGAGCGUGGGGAAACUCCUCUACAUGUUGCUGCUAUCAAGGGUGAUACUGACCGUAUAUCUCAGCUAAUAUCUCAGGGGGCAGAUGUCAAUGCCACUGACUAUGCUGGCUGGAGUGCACUUCAUGAAGCAUGUAAUCGAGGAUACUAUGACGUGUCCAAAUUGUUAAUUGAAGCAGGAGCAGACGUUAAUGCCAAAGGUUUGGACAACGAUACUCCACUACACGAUGCCUGUAUCAACAAUCAUUUCAAGCUGGUGCGGCUGCUGUUAAGGUGUGGUGCUGGAGUUGACGUUGUGAACAGACGAGGUAAAAGCCCUCGAGACGUUUGUCGCUCACCAGGCAUUGCAUCAUUGAUAGAAGCUGCAGCUCGUGGACAUAUCCAGGAAUUGUGUGCAUCUUCCGGUGACGAACUCCCUCAACAUUUCAAGAGUGGCAGUUGCACAAGUAUGUCUAGGCGGACUCCUCCUGCCAACAAAUCUUCAGAGGAAAAGCCUGGAGGCGGACCCGGGUCACCAAGAGUUACUCUCCGUUUACCUAAUAGUGUUGCACGCUCACCAGAGAAGCCCAAACCACACGACAAAAACAUAAUGGAAAGCAGUGAAGAUGUUUAUGAAUUUAAGUGUAGCAAAGACGAUGGCAGAGUUGAGGAAGAUGAUGAUAAAGGAGCAGGGACAAGAGCAGAAGUAGCUACUAUAGAAGACAAGGGAGAUAAAAGGGGCAGAGAAGCAGAACCUGAAGAUGAUGAGGAGGCAAGAAAGAAGAGGAGAAAAGAAGAUGUCAAAGAAGCUACCAAGGGAGUAGGAAGAGGAGGUGGCCGACCUACUGGAACUACAGAUAAGAUUGUUAAAUCUGGUGGUCGUGGAAGUACAGGGACUAGUACUGGUACAGGAGGAACCAAGCAGACUUCUACAACAAGCUCAAUAGUAACUGGGGAACGAAAAAGUCCUACAGGAUCUGCGGCAAAUAGCCCCAAACCAUCAAGCACUAAAAAUGGUGAAGAAAGCAGUGAUACUGAAGAUGAUGUUAAGAGUGAAUCUGGCCCUAAGGUUCCUCCCCUGAAGAUUGUUCUUGGAGGCGGUACAGAGCAAGAACCUAAUACUAGAAAUGGCAAAUGCUCUAGCAAUAGACAAUUGCCUUAUGUAGUCAAUACUAGUUCCGGAGAAGAGAAGGAGGCUGCAGCAGAGGGAAAAGAGGUCGUUUCAACUACUAAGGUGAAUUGUGAUAUGGAUGAUCAGGGGAGCUCAAACAACUGUGGCAGCAGCUCUGGCAGUGAGAAGGGCAGUGGGACUAGAAUUACUAGAUCUCAGCGGGGAGGAAAUUCCAGCUCUACGGAAGAAUCAACAACAGAUUAUGCUCUUAUUUCUGAGCAGAUUGAGAGACGGCGUGAGAAUUUGCGGCCUGUUCAGCCCAAACCUCCACAAGGGUUUAAAGACUACUUAAUGAACCGCUGCUCAUAUGUGUUGGCUGGGAAUGCCACCUCAAGGCUAUCUGUGCCAGUAAUGUCUCCUCCGGCAUCACUUUCGGCAUUGCUAAAGGAUCUUUUUAAUGAUCAAGAAAAAGAACGUUAUCGCCUAAGACUGCAGCAUCUUAUAGAGAAAGAGAAACUGGUGUUGAGUGUUGAACAGGAAAUUCUACGUGUACAUGGCAGGGCUGCCAGGGCACUUGCAAAUCAAGCGCUGCCUUUUUCUGUUUGUACAUUUUUGAAGGAUGAAGAGGUUUAUAAUAUAAUCUCGCCUGAACAAGAGAAAGAUGGAAAUGCACGUUCCCGAUACAAUGGCAGGCUGUUCCUUUCUUGGCUGCAAGAUGUGGAUGAUAAGUGGGAUAAAAUCAAGGAAUUUAUGGUUCUACGUCACCACAAUGAAGCUGAGUCGCUUCAUGCAGUCCAGCGAAUGGAUUGGGAAUGGAAACUAAAGGAACUGGGAGACUGUGAUGCAAAUUCCCGACCACACAUAGACGAUCUGCAUGUGCCCAUGGUACAUGUUUCUGAUGAUUUUGAUCUUCUUCCAGAAUGAAAAAUUGACUUGUCAAAGUUAUUUGGUCAGCAUUGUAUGUCUUUAUGAUGCAUUCUUAUGCAUUUAUGAUUAAUGAUAACCUAGUAGUCAUGCUCAAGCAUAGGCAAGAUGCAACCUUCAAGGAGAGGUUUGUAAGAGUCAAGAUAAUCUCUGGCUGUGAUAUUUGUAAGAAGGUUUUGUAUAUGCAUGUAUGUAUUUUUUUUUUUUCAACACGUCGACCGUCUCACCAAACCAGGGUGACCCAAAAAAGAAACACUUUCAUCAUCAUUCAACACUUGCACCAUCAUUCACAAAUAAUCACUGUCUUUGCAGAGGUGCCCAGAUAUAUCAGUUUAGAUGUCACUCCAAACAGCCAAUAUCCCAAACCCCUCCUCCAAAGUGCAGGCAUUAUACUUUCCACAUCCAGGACUCUUAAGUCCAGCAAACUGGUUUCCCUGAGUCCCUUCACGAAAUAUUACCCUGGGGAAUCAAGUACAAAAUAGGAGUUGACACAGUUACUUUUUGCUGAUGAUACUGUGCUUAUGGGAGAUUCUAAAGUUGCAAAGGAUAGUGGACGAGUUUGGGAGGGUGUGUAAAGGUAGAAAGUUGAAAGUGAACAUAGAUAAGAGUAAGGUGAUGAGGAUAUCAAAUGAUUUAGAUAAAGAUAAAUUGGAUAUCACAUUGGAGAGAGGGAGUAUGGAAGAAGUGAAUGUUUUCAGAUAUUUUGGAGUUGAUUUGUCAGUGGAUGGAUUUAUGGAAGAUGAGGUUAAUCAUAGAAUUGAGGAAAAAAAGUGAGUCAUGCGUUGAGGUAUCUGUGGAGACAAAAAACGUUAUCUAUGGAGACGAAGAAGGGAAUGUAUGAAAGUAUAGUGGUACCAACACUCUUAUAUGGGUGUGAAGCUUAGGUUGUAAAUGCUGCAGCGAGGAGGUGGCUGGAGGCAGUGGAGAUGUUCUGUCUCUAGGCAAUGUGUGGUGUAAAUAUUAUGCAGAGAAUUCAUAGUGUGGAAAUUAGGAGGAGGCGUAGAUUACUAAAAGUAUUAGUUAGAGAGCUGAAGAGGAGUUGUUUAGGUGAUUUGAUCAUUUAGAGAGAAUGGAUCAAAGUAGAAUGACUUGGAGAGCAUAUAAAUCUGUAUUGGAAGGAAGGAGGGGUAGGGGUCGUCCUUGAGAAGGUUGGUGGGAGGCGGUAAAGGAGGUUUUGUGGGCGAGGAGCUUGGACUUCCAGCAAGCGGUUGUGAGCAUGUUAGAUAGGAAUAAAUGGAGACAAAUGGUUUUUGGGACUUGACAAGCUGUUGGAGUGUGAGCAGCGUAAUAUUAGUGAAGGGAUUCAAGGAAACCAGCUAUUAUAGAUUUAGCCGGACUUGAGUCCUGGAAAUGGGAAGUACAAUGCCUGCACUUUAAAGGAGUGGUCUGGGAUAUUGACAGUUUGGAGGGACUUCUAAACUGCCGUAUCCGAGUGCCUCUGCAAAGACACUGAUCAUGUAUGAGUGAGGUGUAAGUAUUGAAUGAUGAUGAAAGUAUUUUCUUUUUGGGGGUAUUCUUUAUUUUUGGGUCACUCUGCCUUGGUGGUUAAAAAAAAAAAAAAAUACAUGCGUACAUAUAGAGUAUAUUAAAAUCCUUGUUCAGUGGUGGUAAAAAAAAAAAAACAGAAUUUAAGAAGCCCAGUUCUAGUUCAAAUUUUACUUAAGUUGCCUUGUUAUUAUAUGAACUUUGUGUUGUGAAGUUAUACAGUAAAAGUCCGAUAAAACGGAAUGAUAGGGGAGGGUGAUAUCCGAUUUACCCAAAGUUUCGUUUUAAUUACUAAGUUAAGCGGACAUUGUCCACUAUGUCUCCCGUAUAUGGUCAAGCAUAAAGUAAAACAGAUUUAUUCUGCAGUAUUGCCGACUCAAACCAGACAUACGAAGACAAAACUAAUGCAAGCAGCCUUUGGUCCCCUCUCUCACUUUCACUGGAAAUAUUGAGUCUGCCAGCUAAGUGAGGGGGAGGGAGGCAGCAUAGCAUACAUGUACUAGAUGCAGGUGAUAGUCACUCACUAUACAUCUUCCAGACCUGGUAGACUUAUGACAGAGAAUGUAAAUGUGAAGUCUACUACUAUUUAUCAAGUCAAGCCAGUUAGCUAGCUAUCAGGCUAGCUGUCUGUGAACCUGCCUGCUUGCUUACAUGCUUGCUCUUCCUUGCCCUACCUGCCCUGUCUGCACUUCUUGUAAACAAUUAUUUGUCUCAACAUAAUUUCCAGUUGGACACAAAAUGCUUGUCUCUACCACCCCAAUGAUAAUAGACAGGUCCUGGACAAAGCCUAGACCAUACAAACUCGUGAUUAAGAGGAGUUGGUCCAUUUUGAGCAUAGGACUGAACUUGAUAGUGGUUUAAAAUUGCAGAUGUGGUUCAUUGCAUCCUUACUUUAAUUGGACAUCUCAUUAAACAUACAUGUUGAGCCUUUGUAGGGUCACAUUUUUAUCUGACAUCCGCUUAAUGGGGUCCGUUUUAUUUUAUUUUACUGUAGACUGAUAACAAUCUGUGUUUUUCUUUUCAGUCUUCGCUCUUCCUUGACAUCGUAGGUUAAAGAUGUUUGUUAAAUAUUUAGGACUGAAAAAGGUCUGUAAUUUCUGUGAUAUAAAAUUGACUUUCAUUGUAUCUAGGACAUACUCAAGGUUAUUGGUACAGCCCAAGUUGGGGUUUGUAUUACCUCUGCAAAUAAAAAACGUGUUUCAGUGCAGUUCUUUACUUGAAAAUUGUUUCAAAUGUACAGUAUGUUUAAAGUGAGCCAAAAUUUCUAGAUCAUCUUGUGUUUGAAUGCGACUGUGCACUAGGUGUGUAGUUGAAGCUUAAUGCAUUGGCACUGCCAGUAGACCUGGUACAGUAGGCAUGUAAUCUACUUGCUAAAUGUAUAUGAUAUAAAUUAUCUGGAAAAUUAUGUUGUAAUACGUUAUAUUUGAAUUUUUAAUUGUGUUUUAAUUGGAAUAGACUGUAUAUUGUGUGAUAUAUGAAGUGAAAGCUUGAUGAAUGUUGUGGUAAUGUUUAUUGUGAAGUUAAUCCUGAUUAGUUCAGUAAAGAAACUUGUCAGUAACAAUAAGUAUCUUAUAAGACUGUUACUUGCUCAAUUUAUAUUAGUCUAUGCUAAAGCAUCAUAACAAAGUAAAGGAAACCUGAUAUAUGUAUAUGUGUGUGUAUGCAGUAUAAUUACAAACAGGCGAUCUUAAUGUAGAACAAGCCGCGUGAGACUGGAAAUCUUUAGUUCUAGAUUAACUUUCCCAUUCUUGUGCAUUGUCAGGAGCUAUGUAGUGUUGCAAGACAGCAACAGAUAGGAGGGGAAAUUCUCUGGGGCAAGGUAGAAGGUAAGCUGACAAUGCACGAGUGUGUGAAAGUUCUAAAGAUUUCUAUUCCCAUACGGUUUUUUUUGCACGUGUGUGUGCAUGUGCAUGCAUGUGUGUGUGCAUGAGCAUGCGUGCACGUGCAUACUCGUGUGCAUACUUGCAUAUACACACCACAGACCAUGUGUUGAACAUUUUUAACACGGUAAAUUCAUUCUAAGUCACCCAAUUAAAAAUAUAAUUUAU